AUGGCUUGUAAACUGUGGCUGUUGCGGCCGCUCUUCAUCCUCCUCUUCCUCUUGGUGGGACUGCUGGGAGAGCCAGGGGACAAAACGCCCAGACGCAGCAGAAGGGACAUCAAUGACCAACCCCGCAUGCUGUCAGACAAUGGCCACCUGGUCUUCUCCACUGGCGAGUAUAAGGAGAUCCGCUUCCAGCCAUCUGGAUCAGGGAAGGUCAAAGUGGGCAGUGAGGACCUCACACAACUCCUGAGUCAGAUCAAAACCAAUAAAGCAGACAUCGAUAACAUCAAGGUUCAUGGAGGUGGAGUAUCUCCUGAAAUCACCAACAAACUCAACCAGCUGGAGGCCAGGGCCACAACACUUGAGACAAAAGUGACCUCGCUUGAAUCGACAGUCAGGCGGCAGUCCUGCAGCAGUAAUCCCUGUCAGAAUGGAGCGACCUGUCUGAAUCUAUUGGACGCGUACCACUGUGUGUGCCCCAGUAACUGGGCUGGUCCUACCUGUGCCACUGAUGUAAAUGAGUGUCAGGUCUUAGCAGGCACCUCACACGGGUGUCAGAAUGGAGCAACAUGUGUCAACACGCCCGGCUCCUUCACCUGCAGGUGUUCUGCAGAGUGGUCCGGUUCCCUCUGCACGGUGCGGUACGACGACUGCAGGAGCGGAGAGCAGAACCUGUGCGUGCACGGCAUGUGUAUAGACGCAGACCGAGUCACACCUGGACAGCCCAAGUACAAGUGUAUUUGUGACAGCGGAUGGCAGGCCCCAGCUGGAAAUCCGGCCUGUGUGGCGGACGUCAACGAGUGUGAUCUCCCCACCAAACCGUGCCCCACCAACCCGCCUGUGACCUGCCACAACACCCAGGGCUCCUUCUACUGCGGCUCCUGUCCAGCAGGUUGGCAAGGCAAUGGCUACAGCUGUCAAGAUGUGGAUGAAUGUGCAACCAAUAACGGCGGCUGUUCCACUUCUCCCAUGGUGCAGUGUCUCAACAGUAUGGGCUCCUUCCACUGUGGGCCCUGCCCUCCAGGUUAUGAGGGAGAUGGUAGAACCUGCACUCAGAGCAACAUCUGUGCCUCCAACAAUGGCGGCUGCUACCCGCUGGCUACCUGCUCCUCCAACCCAGGCUCAUCCCUACCUGUGUGCACUUGCCCACCGGGCUAUGUUGGGAAUGGCUACGGCCCCACCGGAUGCACCCAGACCAGCAACGUAUGCCAGACCAACAACCCCUGUGUCCAUGGACAGUGUGUAGCCACCAGCGACGGCCCGGGUUACACCUGCCACUGCACCGCCGGCUGGGACGGGCUCAACUGUGACCAAAACAUCAACGAAUGCGCCAGCAGCCCCUGCCUGAACGGGGGCACCUGCACUGAUGGCCUUAAUGGCUUCACCUGCACCUGCACGGCCCAGUGGACCGGCCCGGUCUGCCAGACCGCCCAACAAGUAUGUGGAGGCUCUCUGACGGGUCUCGGUGGCUCCUUCAGCUACCCAAACACCCCCGGUCACGAUGAGUAUGAACACCUUCUCAGCUGUGCCUGGGUGGUCCGCACCGACCCAAACAAGAUCCUGAAAAUCACCUUCCCGUACUUUAACCUGGAGGCCAGCACAAACUGCAACUUUGACUUCCUCCAGAUCCACGAUGGCGACAGUGCCUCGGCCUACAUGAUUGGCAAGUACUGCGGCCAUAACAAUCCCCAGCAGCUCCUCAGCUCCCACAAUGCCCUCUACUUCUGGUUCCGCUCCGACUCCUCGAUCAACGCCGGGGGCUUCACUGUUGUAUGGCAGUCCGAAGACCCAGUGUGUGGAGGGGAACUGACAGCUCCCUACGGAAGCAUCAACUCCCCUGGUUACCCCGGCAACUACCCGCCCAACCGAGACUGCUACUGGAGCGUGAACGUGGCGCCAGGCCUGCUCAUCACCUUCGCCUUUGGCACCCUCAACUUGGAGCAGCACCCCAACUGUAACUUUGACUUCCUGGAGAUCCGCGAUGGCCUUCUGCCACAAGACCCUGUUCUGGGCAAGUACUGCAGCACAGCAUCUCCGGCUCCUCUGCACACCACUGGCCCAGCCGCCUGGAUCCACUUCCACGCCGACGCCAGUGUCUCCGACCGUGGCUUCCACAUCACAUACACCACCUCACCAUCUGACUCCGGAUGUGGAGGCACCUACACCGAAAGCGAGGGCAUCAUCAUCUCCCCCAACUGGCCAAACAACUACGCUCAUAACCGCCAGUGUAUCUACUUAAUCCGCCUGCCUGCCAACGAGGUGGUCUCCCUGAACUUCACCCACAUGUCCCUGGAAACCCACGUCACCUGCACCUUUGACUACGUGGAGGUCCGUGAUGGUAGUGCAGAGACAGACCCUCUGAUAGGGAAAUACUGUGGCACCACCCUGCCGGCCCCCAUCCUCUCCACUGCCAACACCCUCUGGAUCCGCUUCAAGUCAGACAGCUCGGUCAACAGCGCCGGCUUCAGAGCCCUCUACACAGUUGGUUGCGGAGGAACAUUCUCUGGGACAGGCCAGAUCCACUCGCCCUACCACCCCGGCACCUACCCGCGCAACAAGGAGUGUGAAUGGAUUAUCAACCAGCCAGAGGGCUAUGUGGUCAUCCUCAACUUCCUCUCCUUUGACAUCGAGGGCAGCUCCUGUCAAUACAAUUUUGUGGAGGUCAGGGAUGGCUCCACGUCCAGCUCUCCUCUGCUGGGGACCUUCUGCGGGUCACAGAUCCCAGCGCUGCUCCAGUCCACCCAGCGCUCCAUAUACAUCCGUUUCAAGACUGACGCCUCUCUCAGCAACCGCGGCUUUGCGGCUUCUUAUGGUUCUGCCAUGGAGGGCUGUGGUCAAACCCUAACCGCACCAUCAGGCAUCAUCACCAGCCCCGGCCACCCCAACAGCUACCCCCAUGGUGCCAACUGCACCUGGUACAUCAAUGUUGCCCCUGGCAAUGUGAUUCGUUUGUCCUUUGACUCCUUCAACCUGGAAGAAUAUUCCAACUGUAACUUUGACUACGUGGAGGUGUAUGAUAACGGCACGGUCCAAACAGGAACCAAAGUUGGCAGGUACUGCGGCCGUGAAGUCCCUCCAUCCAUCACCAGUACUGACAAUUUGCUGACGCUGCUGUUUGUAUCUGACUCCAACCUCUCCUUUGAGGGAUUCUCCGCCAGCUACAUCUCCAUCAAUGCAACCUCAGACUGCGGUGGGACCUUUACUUCCUCCAUGGGGUCAUUCAGUUCACCGAAUUACCCCAGCAACUACCCCACCAACAGAGUAUGCAUCUUUAAGAUAACUGUUGAGUUCAGCAUGCAGAUCAAGCUCAACUUCACUGACUUUGACCUGGAAGGCUCCCCUCCUUCCUGUGCCAGGGACUAUGUGGAGAUCAGAGAUGGUGGCUAUGAGACGUCCCCGUUGCUCGGUAGAUUCUGUUCCGUUCAGGUGCCCCCAGAUGUGGUAUCCCAUAGCAACAACCUCUGGAUCAAGUUCCGCUCUGAUGUGUCCCAUACAUACAAGGGCUUUGUCGCCCACUGGGAUGGCACACAGACAGGCUGUGGCGGGAUGUUGAGCACCCCAUCUGGGUCCUUCUCCUCCCCAAACUACCCACUGGCUUACCACCCCGAUGUAGAGUGUUACUGGCACAUCAAGACCAGCCAGGGCAGCAAGCUCGUGCUGUCCUUCUCUGACUUCUACCUGGAGACCAGCACCUCCUGCAUCUAUGACUACCUGGCUGUGUACGAUGGGAACAGCACCAAUGCUCCACAGCUGGCCAGACUGUGUGGCAACCAGAUCCCAGCCCCCAUCAGCUCCUCCAUGAGCCAUCUCUAUGUUAAAAUGCGCACUGAUGACAACGUCAACACCGGAGGCUUCCUGGCCUCGUACAACACCAACUGUACUGGGGUGCUGAUCUCGGGCCAGCGCCACGGUGUGGUGGAGUCUCUGAACUAUCCCAACACCUACCCCUCCAACCUGCUCUGCAGCUGGACCAUCCAGGCCAUCACAGGGAACACCAUCAACUACACCUUCACCGCCUUCGACCUGGAGAGGACCUCCGUCACCUGCACCUACGACUAUGUCAAGCUCUUUAACGGACCUAACGAGCAAGCGCCCCUGAUUGGUACAUUCUGUGGGACCAUGCCCCCUCCAGCCAACACCACCACCAGCUCCUCCCUCACCUUGUUGUUCAGAACAGACUCCUCCUUGUCCAUGUCCGGCUUCCAGAUGAUGUGGUACCAGAAUGGUUGUGGUAUGGAGCUGACUGGUCCCAGCGGUUCCUUCAACAGCCCAGGUUACCCGGGUCGAUACCCAGAGAACAGGGAAUGCGUCUGGCAUAUCACCACGGCAGCCGGUAGCAGCAUCACCAUCAACAUCCAUGAGUUUGACGUGGAGUACCACCAAGACUGCAACUACGAUGUCCUAGAGGUCUAUGGAGGCCCUGACCUGUUUGCUCCACGGCUGGCCCAACUGUGCACCACCACCUCAAAACCCAUGCAGGUGUCCAGCACUGGAAACAUGGUCACGGUGCGCUUCAAGUCCGACGCUUAUGUCAGUGGCAGGGGUUUCAACGCCAGCUGGACCGAAGUCCAGGGAGGCUGUGGUGGUCCAGUGACAGCUCCAUAUGGAGAAAUUCACUCCCCGUCCUACCCUAACAAUUACCCCAGCAACGUGGACUGUUCCUGGGUCAUCAGCGUUGACCCUAGCCACCGUGUGCUCUUCAACUUCUCCGACCUCGAUAUUGAGUACGACACUGCCUGCUAUUGGGACAAUGUGGCUAUCUAUGACGGUCCGACCAUCUGGGCUCCAUUGCUGGCCCGCUUAUGUGGCGAAACACUCCCUGCCCCCAUCAUCUCCACCCAGAACACCAUCUACGUCCGCUUCCGCUCCGACUCCAGCCGCAACCAUCGUGGCUUCAGCGCUCGUUUCUCAGAAGCUUGUGGAGCUACCAUUAUAACAGAUGAUGUGGGUGGUGCAAUUGCAUCGCCACGGUACCCAGCCAUGUACCCGCCCAAUCAGAACUGCAGCUGGAUUAUCAGAGCACAGGAGCCAUUCAACCACGUGACCUUAUCAUUCACUGACUUCGACUUGGAGAUGUUAAACUCCAACUGCUCCCAUGAUGCUGUGGAGAUCCUGGAUGGAGACAACUACCAGGCCCCAUCUUUAGGUCGCUAUUGUGGGUCACAGGUCCCUCAUCCAGUGACAUCAUUCAGCAAUGCCCUGGUGGUCAACUUCUUCUCUGACAUGUACACCUCCAGGAAAGGCUUCAGAGCCACACAUUCUGGUUCCACCUCCAGUUGUGGAGGAGAUCUGGUCAUGGAGACUGGCGCGUUCAACAGUCCAAACUACCCAGAUGCCUAUCCUCCAAAUGUAGAAUGUGUCUGGACCAUCACAAGUUCACCAGGGAACCGUCUCCAACUCUCCUUCAUAAUGUUCCAUCUCCAGGUGAGUGACGGCUGUGGACAUGACUAUCUGGAGAUCAGGGAGGGGAACUCCACGGGUCACCUAGUGGGUCGCUUCUGUGGCAACUCCCUCCCAUCCAACUACACCUCCAUCAUCGGCCACAUCCUCUGGAUCAAGUUCCGCUCAGACACAACUGUGAGCGGAGCUGGCUUCAGAGCCACCUUCUCACACCUGUACGGUAACGACUUGACGGGUGAGUCGGGCCAGAUAGCGUCCCCGCUGUACCCUCGUAUGUACCCCAACAAUGCUGACUACCGCUGGACGGUCACUGUGGACGGAGACAGCUACAUCCAGGUCCACUUCCUGGACAUGGACAUAGAGGACCUGUCUGACUGCUACUUCGAUCAGCUCAAGAUAUUUGAUGGUCCAAACGUGCACUCGUACCCCAUUGGGACGUACUGUGGCCUGUCCCUUCCCGCCCCGGUACGCAGCUCCGGCAGCAGCAUCACGCUGGAGUUCCAGUCAGAUGUGGUUGUCGGGGGCGGAGGCUUCCUGGUGGAGUGGACAGCUGUCCAGGACUCUGGACCCCUGCCCACCAUCGCACCAGGUGCAUGUGGGGGUGCCCUGAUGCCCGGAGAGAGCCCACACUUCCUCUACUCUCCCGGGUGGCCUGAAAACUACGCCUCCAACCUGGAGUGUACCUGGGUGAUCCGCUCCCCAGACUCCACUGUAGAAUUCAACCUGCUUUCUCUGGAUGUGGAGGACUACCCCAGCUGCUACUUCGACAGCCUUGUCAUCCGAGACGGUGAGACCAACCUUGCUCCGGUCCUGGCCAGUGUGUGUGGCAGGCAGCUUCCAGGCUCCAUCCAUUCCACAGGAGAUUCCAUGUUCAUCCGCUUCACCUCAGACAACAGCGUGAGCGGCCGUGGCUUCAACGCCUCCUACUCCAGAGGCUGCGGUGGUCUCCUACAUGCGGACAGGGGUGUGCUCAGCACCCCUCGGUACCCCCAGACCUACCUCCCUGGCCUGGACUGCAGCUGGCAUGUGAUGGUGACUCUGGGCUACCGCGUCUCGGUCAACUUUCAGAGUCCCUUUCAGGUGCAGGGCUACGGGAAUGGAUGCAGCUCAGGGGACUACGUUGAGCUGAGGAAUGGGCCUGAUGCCUCAGCCCCGUCCCUUGGGGGCCGCCUGUGCGGUGCCAGCCCCCCCUCCACCGUGCAGACCACAGAUAACCACCUCCACAUCCGCUUCGUGUCGGACAGCUCCAACGAGGCCAGCGGCUUCAAGUUGACCUUCGAGGCCCACAGCCUGGCUUGCGGAGGGUUCAUCGAGCUGAACGACAAUGACCCUCCAGGCUACAUCACCUCCCCCAACUACCCCCAGAACUACCCCCAGAACAUUGACUGCAUCUGGGUCAUCACCGUGCCCAAUGGCGAGGCAGUCCAAAUUGACUUUGAAGACUUCUACAUAGAGCCUACGACCAGCUGUCAAUAUGACUACCUGGAGUUGCGCGAUGGGGCGACGUCAAAUUCUGACGCCAUUGCCCGGCUUUGUGGUAGCACCCGGCCCUCUACCCAGCAUUCCACGGGCUCCUCCAUGUUCCUCAGGUUCCGCACCGACACCAGCGUCACGCACAAGGGCUUCAAGGCCAAGUACUCCAUAGCUACAUGUGGAGGCACCUACAUCGGCCAGAGCGGCAUGAUCAGGAGCCCCGGCUACCCCGGGGCGAGCUACCCCGACAGCUCCAGCUGUGAGUGGUAUCUGGAGGGCCCCACGGGACACUACCUCACCCUCCACUACACAGCACUGAACCUGCAGAGCAGCCCGGGCUGCACCAAAGACUACGUAGAGAUCAGAGAGUACAAUGCCUCAGGGCGCCUGCUGGGCAGACACUGUGGCGGCAGCCUGCCAGCCCCCGUGGACACAUCCGACAGUUUUGCCUACGUCAAGUUUGUCAGUGAUGCCAGCAUUAAUGCCCCCGGCUUCAGUCUGUCCUUCGAAGCCAGUGUGGAAGCUUGUGGAGGGGUGCUGAAUGCUCCUUCAGGGACCAUCUCCUCCCCCAACUUCCCAAACCUGUACCCCCACAGCCGAGUCUGCCGCUGGGAGAUCACCGUGGUGCGGGGCCGCAGGGUCACCCUCACCAUCAAUGACCUGCGACUCGAGGGUGCUGGCGGCAUUACCUGUCUCUUUGACUACGUGGAUGUGCUGAACGGGCUGGCAGCAGAUGCUCCUCUUCUAAAUCGCUACUGCGGCACGGUGCCAGCAGGCACCCAGGUCCGCUCCUCUGGCAACACCAUGGUGGUCUUGUUCCGCACCGACUCCUCCGUGUCCAACGGGGGGUUCACAGCCACUUACUCCUCCAGCGAGGCUGCAGAGUGCGGUGGCGUGCUGAAUAACCCAACCGGUGGGAACUUCACUUCCCCUGGCUACCUGGUGUCCAACUACAGCAACAAUCUCAACUGUGAGUGGCUGAUCCACAACCCACAGCAGGUCAACUCCUCCAUCGUGGUGCUGAUCGAGGACCUCCACCUAGAGCACCACCAGACCUGCGAGUCUGACUACCUGCAGGUCCGCCUGGGUGGCUACAAUGGGGAAGUCCUUGCCACGUUCUGUGGUCAGACCACACCCAGACUGCCCAUUGUGGUCUUCACCCCAGCGCUAUGGGUCCACUUCCAGACUGAUAGCACAGAAGGAGAUCUGGGCUUCAAGGCCAAGUACAUGUUCUCCGAGUGUGGAGGCUGGCAGACAGGUGAGGGAGGUGUGAUAGCCACACCUAAUUACCCUAACACCUACCCAAGCCCUAGUCGAUGUGCCUGGCUACUGGAGGCCCCGGAGGGCCACACCAUUACUCUAACCUUCGGCUACUUCAGCCUGGAGCCCCAUACCACGUGUGGCUGGGACUCUGUCACCAUCUUCAAUGGUGGCUCUCCUGGCUCACCUAUCAUCGGGCAGUACUGUGGGACCACCUCCCCAGGAUUUAUCCAGUCAGGGUCCAACAAGCUUGCAGUGGUCUUCCUUGCUGACCACAGUGUGUCCAGAGGAGGCUUUGUAGCCACUUGGACAGCUGACUCUUCAGGGUGUGGAGGGGUUAUCCAUGCAGAUACAGGCACCAUCAAGUCCCCGAACUACCCUCAAAACUUCCCGACUAAUGUGGAGUGUUCAUGGCAGAUCAUCACCCAUGAGGGCAACCAUGUGGAGAUGAGCUUCAACAGUGACUUCCAGGUCCCAGACAGCAGUGGAAACUGCCAGACCAGCUAUGUUAAGGUGUGGUCAGGCAGGACUCAGACCGACGAGGCCCUGCUGAUUACAGGCUGCGGCACCACCGCCCCAGGUCCAGUCACUGCUCCCUACAACAUCAUCACCACCCGCUUCCAGGCCACAGGAACCCCUGGCAAAGGCUUCUCAGCCUCCUUCAGCACACGGUGUGGCGCUAACUUCACUGCUCCCAGCGGUCGUGUGGUUUCUCCGAAUUACCCAGCCAACUACCCCGACCGCUCCAACUGUGACUACGUCAUAGACUCUGGAGAGCAAACCGUCAUCGUCCUCACCUUCAAGACCUUCCAGCUAGAAGCCCACUCCACCUGUCUCUACGAUGGGCUGAAGAUCUACAGAGGGGCCACGCCUACCGGCUCUCCCAUCACCACACUCUGUGGCAGCACCGUCCCCGGGCCCUUCUCCACGUUUGGCCCCAUGUCGCUGAACUUCUACUCUGACUCUGUCACCACUGACAACGGCUUCAUGGCUGAGUACCGCACCAUACCCUGUGGCGGUUUCUACAACAGUACAGCAGGCACAGUGAGCAGUCCUGCCCUCUCCAUGACCAACUACCACCACAACAUCAACUGUACCUACCACAUCAUGGUCCACAACGACAGGGUGAUCGACCUUAAGUUCAACACAUUCCACCUGGAGGCUUCCUCUUCCUGUCGCUUCGACUACGUGGCUGUUUAUGACGGGCGGGACACAUUGGCCCCAUUGCUCGGGAAGUUCUGCGGCUCAGCGCUCCCACCCAACCUUCGCUCCACCACCAACCAACUCUUCAUCGUCUUCAGGACAGAUGCCUCAGUCAACGGCAUCGGCUGGAGGGCGACCUACAUGGAGACUCUGGGUCCGGCGCAGGGUUGCGGGGGCUACCUUUCCAUGCCCAUGGGCAUGUUUGGCUCCCCGGACCCCAACCUGGAUGGCAAAUAUGAGCCAAAGAUGGACUGCCUGUGGACCGUUGAGAUGCCUGUCAACAAGGCCAUCAACCUGAGCUUCACCUUUUUUGACUUGGAGGGCUCCUCCACCGGCUCCUGCCGCUACGACUACGUCAAGAUCUAUGACGGGGACAACGUGAACUCCCCCCUGGCGGGGACGUUCUGUGGGAACGUGGUCCCAGCCUCCUUCAUGUCGGCCGGGAACUUCCUGACUGUGCGAUUUCUCUCGGACAGCUCUGUGCAGAGACGGGGCUUCAACGCAACCUACCGGGCAGUUGACCUGCUGUGUGGGGGAACGCUGAACGUCACGUCCACCCUGCUGACCCUGACCUCCCCCUUCUUCCCCAACGCCUAUCCCCCCAACACCAACUGCCGCUGGACCCUGGACGCCCCGGCCCAGGAGAGCAUCCUGGUCUCUGUCCAGACCUUCUCCCUGCAGCCCAGCCAGAGCUGCUCCACCAACUUCCUGAAGAUGAGGGACUGGCCUUUGGGGGACUACGGGCAGUCCCACACCUUCUGCGGCUCAGACAGCCACGUGCCUGACUUCUACAGCUACGGCAGGACCAUGCAUGUGCACUUCAGGUCCGACACGUUCCUGGCGGGCAACGGCCUGAACCUCACCUAUCAGGUGGCAGGCUGCAGUCGCACCUACGAGCAGCCCUACGGAUACCUGAAGAGCCCCGGCUGGCCCAACGUCUACCCUCAUAACAUAGACUGUACUAUUGUACUGAAGGCCCCACAGGGCAGCUCCAUCUCCUUCUUCUUCAACAACUUCGAUGUGGAGAGCCACAGCACCUGCUCCUACGACUACCUGGAGGUGCGUAACGGCAGCACGGCAGACUCUCCACUUUUAGGGAAGUUCUGCGGCAGCACCCUCCCCAGCCCCAUCUUCCCCCUCGCCAGCCAGCUCCACCUGCGCUUCAAGACGGACGUCUCCCUCUCACGCAAUGGCUUCGAAGCCACAUGGACCUCCUCUCCUCAGGGUUGCGGGGGCACGCUGUACGGAGAGGAUGGCUCGGUUGCCAGUCCGAACUACCCCGGCACCUAUCCCAAUAACACCCACUGUGAGUGGGGCAUCAGGGCCCCCAAUGGACGUGUGGUGACUGUCACGUUUGCCCACAUCAGCAUUGAUGAUCCCGGCGACUGCCAAAACAACUUCCUGAAACUCUACGAUGGCCCAGACUCCUCCUCCAGGCCUGUGGGACCCUAUUGUGGAAUAGAGACCAAUGUUGCUCCGUUCAGAGCCUCUUCCCACCAUGUCUACAUCGUCUUCCAAGGCCGGCACGCCUCCCUGCCCUCCGGGUUCAGACUCACCUGGAACAGCUGAGGACUCUGUGCGCGCACACACACACACACACACAGAAUUGUUUACACAUUCUUUAAUCAUAUCUGUGAACUAAAUACCUUCUGUGCAAUACCAUCAUGGAAAAAUCAAUGUAGAUAAUAAUAGUAAUGAUAAUGAUAAUAAUAAUGAUAAUAAUAAUAAUAAGUUUUCACCAUGUUGUUAAGCUGAAAGUAGGCUAUAUUUCUUAAUCAUAGCUGUAAUUUUUUUAAAUAAUGCUGUAUUUUAUGAUUUGUCAUGGACUUAAUAAA